CAGCAAUAACUUGUUUGUUAUCGUAUAUGAAGACUGCUGAUUAAAUUGUUUGUUGGUGUGUUUAUAUUGGGUGCUGAGAAUCACUCCGUUAUUACAAAUAUUUUAUAUAAGAAGUGUGACGUGUGCUGCGUUACAGAUUACAGAGAAAGCAACAUGUUGUUGUGGGUUACAGUACUAAUAGGAUGCUUCACCUUAAAAUGGUUCUUGGGGAGGUUAAAGAUCAAGAAUUAUGGUGAAAAGUACGUCUUAGUAACCGGGUGUGAUACAGGAUUUGGAAAUCUUUUAGCGAAAAGAUUAGAUCGUUUGGGAUUUCAGGUUAUUGCUGCCUGUUUGAAACAAGAUGCUGCAGCUGAAUUGAAGAAGACUUCAUCCGAACGUCUACAGACACUUCAAUUAGAUGUUACGUCUGAAGAUGAUAUCAAGUCUGCACUCACCAAGGUGAAAUCAAUUUUACCUUCAAAUAAAGGUCUAUGGGCAGUUGUAAAUAAUGCCGGUGUAGGUGGCGCUAUCGGACCUAUCGAAUGUUUAAACAGAAAAGACUACCUAGAUUCACUGGCUGUUAAUUUAUUUGGCGUAAUAGACGUCACUAAAAUGUUUUUACCACUGAUAAGAAAGGAAAAGGGAAGGGUAGUUAACAUCGCCAGCAUGCUUGGACGCAUUGCUUUGACACCAGCACCGGCACCGUACUGUGUUGCAAAAUAUGGCGUAGAAGCUUUCUCAGAUUGCCUACGACGAGAGGUGUAUCACCAAGGAAUAAAGGUCAGUAUCUUGGAACCGGGAUAUUUUAACACAGAGAUAAUCAACACCCAGCAGGUUCAUAAAAGGUUUCAAGAAGCCUUUAAUCAAGGAGAUUCUGAUUUCCAGCAAUAUUACGGACAGGAGUUUAUUGAUCAAACUACGAUGUUGAUUAACAAACUGCCGGAGACAUCAUCUAAUAAAUUAUUCAAAGUAAUCGAUGCUUACGAGCACGCUAUUACUGCCAGAUACCCGAAACCCAGAUACAUCGUUGGAAAAGAUGCUAAAUAUUUCGUCAGGUUGUUAUGGACUAUCCCAGAAUGGGUGUCGGAUUUUGUUAUUUGUUUAAACUCGCCUCGGCCUCAGGGAUCACGAUAGGCCACGUCAAUGAACGUGUCAAAGAGCGAAGAUGGCCACCCGCUCUUGACAACAAUAAGACUGAAUAUUUACGAUUUUGUAAAACUUCUCCGAGGUCAUUAAAAUUGCAGUCUGACGACAUAAUUACUGUCUGAACCUUGCUAUUUUAUAAACGGAUUUCUUCGAUUAUGAACAAACUAUUUAACUUUGGUUAUUAUAAACUUACCUGUGUGUUUGAAAUCAACUCCGGUUAAAUAAAAUCCAUUGCACAAUUAAAUAUCCCCAAGGAAUAAAAAAGUUCUCUCUUGAAAAAUUUGACGUGUUUACUUAUAUUUUCUACAAAGUGGAAGACAACAUGGCUUUCGUCACGUGUUGAACGAAACCAUUAAAGUUGUUGUGGGGUGUUUAGUUUUGACAGCGAGUUUGACAACCACGUGUUGCUAUGAAAACAAACCGCGUUUCGAUCGUUUGAGUUUGGGCGACGAAAAAUUUUAACUAAAGGCAAUUACAUAGAAGAUAUAUAUUGAAACCAUUAAUGGCCAGUCUACCAAAUUUUAUUCACAAUGAAAAUAUCAAUGAUUGUACGGAUACUCGUAAAAAU